CAGCAGGGCAACGGGAGGACGCUGCACUGUACCGGCACCUACCUGAGAGCGACCUCCCUCUUCCCCUCCAAGCUUUGGCCUGGCCUGGUCACACCGGCCGGCCUCUUUUAUACCUCCUCUCCCUCUCCUUCCUCCCCUGCCACCAUCAUACCUCGGCUUCCUUAUAUCGAUCCUCGUCGGGAUCGGUUGCUGGCGAGAGGCCGACGGGGACGCCCUCACCGGGGUUAGGCCGGCAUGGCGAAGCAGUCGUGCUGCCACAAGAAGAAGCUGAGGAGAGGGCUCUGGUCGCCCGAGGAGGACGAGAAGCUCAUGAAUCACAUUGCCAAGUACGGCCACGGCUGCUGGAGCUCCGUCCCUAAGCUCGCAGGCCUUGAGAGGUGUGGCAAGAGCUGCAGGCUGAGAUGGAUAAACUACCUGAGGCCAGACCUGAAGAGGGGCACAUUCUCACAGGAAGAGGAGGACCUCAUCAUACAUCUCCAUUCCAUGCUGGGAAACAAGUGGUCCCAGAUAGCGGCGCAGCUGCCCGGCCGGACGGACAACGAGGUCAAGAACUUCUGGAACUCGUACAUCAAGAAGAGGCUCAGGGAGCGCGGCAUCGACCCCGCCACCCACAAGCCGCUCACCGAGGCCAUUGGCGCCGCCGCCACCACGAGCACCUGCCGCGCAGUGUUCGGCGACGCCGACCUCAUCCCGACUACGACAGCGCUCGCGGAGCCUCCAAUGCUGGACGGCGUAAAGUUACCGCUGGACUGGCCCGUCGCGGGCAGCGCGGCGCCUUCGUCACUGUCGGGCUACCUGCAGGCGGGCUGCUUCGACAUGGACAUGGACUCGCUGCUGCAGCAGCAGCAGCACUGCGGCGGCAUCCAGCAGGCGCCGGUCGUCCCGUCGGCGUCCAGUUCGAGCACGCUGACCUCGAUGGCAGACGCCGAGUACUGCGGCACCAACAUCGCCGGCUCCAACCUGCCGUGGCUGGAGCUCGGGCAAAACACCCUGGGCAAGGCCGGCCACGUCGACAGCUACGCGGGCGCGCUGGACGAGCUCAGGUGGUCGGAGUACUUCGACGGCGCCUUCCAGGCCGCCGCGAGCCAGCAGGGCGCCCUGCAGGGGCAGUGCGUCUACGGCGGUGGCGGCAAGGACGACGUCGCCGUGCAGUUCGACGUCCAUGGACUAAGCAACUGGUGCUAAUUAAUCAAUCAGACAAUCACUCAGGAACCAACGCAAGCAGCAAUUGUUAAUAACUGCAAAUUACUGGCUAAGCCUGAUAUCGAUCCAUCGACUACCAUGAUGCACUGCACAUUACUACGAGCGUUUCAUCUAGUGUUCUUAAUUUCCCCUCCUCUUUUAAUUGUUAUUUUUUCUGUUGAGCAUAUUCGUUCGUGUGAUGAUUAAAAUCAAAGUGUUUAAUUUACCACACAUGUAAAGUACAGAUGGCGUUGAUUAUUAGUAAAGACUUCACAGUGAGGGAUAUGAUGGACCAACGUGGUUAAAUAAAGCGUGAAUUAUUAAG